ACUAUUUCAAAGGCAAAACAAAUUAAAUCAUAUCGACCAGUGUGAUAGAUCGGAUCAAACAGACGAAAUAAUUCUGCAAAUUAUUAGCAUAUAGCAAAAGGAUUGCAAAAGAAGAUUGAAAUGGAUCCAUUAAAAAUCUCUGUUGUAUGUGUGUAUAUGCAGAAGAAUGCUGCAGAGAAACUGUGUAGUGAUAUCAAUGAGAUAUUAGAAAUUGGAUUUUAUUCGACUAUAAUAAUUGAGAUAAUUAUUAUUCAAAAUAUACAUCAAUUAAAGAAACAACUAAGUCUGAUGAGCAAUAAGGUAACUGAUGGCAUUUUUGUAAUCGGUCCACAAUCCGAAAAGCAAAACAUGAUUACAAUUAUUAACCAACUUAAGAAUGAAGAAAAUGGGAUUGUACAAUUAUUAGCAAAAAUACCGUCACUUUUAUAUCUUCACUAUACUGAAUAUCUAUAUUGUUCUUGGCAAAAUAAAAAAUUAGUUUUUUGCUUCUCUGCUGACGAACAAACGAUAAUGACAAUGAUAGAAGAAGCUGCAGACACAUUUAUACUUGUAAUAUAUUUAUUACAAAAUAUACUCACCGUUUAUGAUAUUCAAGUACAAGAGAAUGAAAUCCAGACUUCAUACAAAUAUCGUGAAAAAUCUUCUCCUUCACAUGUUUCUUCAUUGAAUUCAAUAUCUCAUACAGACUUACAAACAGACAUAGACAUAUACGAUGUAGAUGCACCUAAAACCCAACAAAUAUGUCUACCUAAAGUUUCUGUAGACGAAGCAUUGAGAAUAAUGAACAAAAUAAUAGGGCAGAAUAUGGAAAAAAGGGAUUCUGAAAAUGUAGAUAUAAAAGACGCCUGUGGCAGAGUAUUGUUUAAAACCGUACGUAGCGACUAUAAUGUACCACCGUUUUCAAUUGCCACUAAACACGGAUACGCAGUAGUAGCAAGUAGUGAAACAAAAAAAAGGAAAGUGGUGAAAACUCAAUCAAAUGGAAUCAUUCCGGCUGUACUUGAACCUGACACAUGUGUAUGGGUGAAUACAGGAGCUUCUAUUCCUUAUGGAGCAACAGCGGUUGUACCAGCAAAAAAUACAAUAAAAUGUGAUAACGAGGAAAAUAAUAUUGAUAUAAUAUUACAUUCAUCAACAUAUGGACAAAACAUCCAAUCUGCAGGCAGCGAUAUGGUACAACGCCAAAUAAUUGUAGAUGCCUAUACACGUAUGGGGCCAAUAGAACUGGGACAUCUGGCAGCUUGUGGUUGCAAAGAAGUUACAGUAGUUAAACAGUUGUCUAUCGGUGUAUUGUCCAUUGGCGAUAAAUUACAAGAACCUGGACAACCUUUAAAACCAGGAUAUUCCUAUGAUAGCAAUCAAACAAUCCUAAUCUCAACGCUGAAAGACAAUAGUUUUAAGUCUUUGGAUUUUGGAAUUGUGAUUAACAAACGGUCGUCUAUAAUACACAAAAUAAAAACAGCUUUAAAUGAAGCAGAUUUACUUGUGACAACUGGCUCUUCAAAUGAUAAAGAUCAUUUAAAAUACAUUUUAAAAAAUUACUUUAAAGCCACAUUGUAUUUUGGAAAUAUUAACAUAAAACCAGGAAAGUCAACGGCAUUUGCAACAUGCACCUUCAAUAACAAAAUCAAGUAUAUUUUAUGCUUGCCACGAAAUCCAGCAUCCGUUCUCGUCACCGCGCAUUUAUUCCUUUUACCCCUUGUUAACUGGUUGCACUUCAACAUUAACGGAGAACGUUCCAUAGUGAUGGCUAAAAUAGAACAAAAAUUGCCUUUGCAUUUACGUCCAAGAUACGUGUGGGCGACUUUAUCGUCGUCAGAGAAAGACAAUUUUGCAAAAGUUAUCUGCAAAAGAAAUGCUAACAAUAAUAUGCUAUUUAGCAGCGAAGGCGCUAAUGCACUUUUAAGACUACCGCCGGAAACACCGGAAACAAAGACACUGGAAGCUCCAUCAUUGGUACCAGCAAUACUUAUCAAAUUUCCCAAUUUAUCAUAAAAAAUAUAUAUUUUAUUUAAUUA